AUGCCUUAUUCUCGUAUUGCUGCUAGUGCUGUGGACACCGCCGUGCUCGGUGAGCCAUUGACAUUCCGUCACGGAAAACAAGCCAAGAACCGAAUUAUGAAGAGCCCGCUCUCCGAGAAACUGUAUCAAUGGAAUGCCCAUUCAGAAGAUCAGCGUGGAAUUCCCACUGAAGAAAUCAUCAAUCUCUACAGUCAUUGGGGUCAUGGAGGAUAUGGAAUUAUCCUAACUGGAAAUCUAGGAGUCGAUCCCAACUAUGUGGGAGAAGCUGGUCAGGGACUUGUGACUGUGGAGAAUACAAAUGAGGAGUCGCAGAAGCAACUCCGAAGGCUGGCAGAAGCUAUGAGGCUGGUGGAGGAUUGGCGAUUGCUCAGACUAAUCAUGUUGGAAGAUUGGCUCAGUCUCACUAUACCAAUUCGUUGGAGUCCUCUGGAGUUCUCUAUCGAAGAAAUCGAGGAGAAAAUGUUCAAGCGAUUCGCUCACGCCGCUUCCGUUCUCUAUGAAGCUGGAUUCGAUGGAAUGGAACUGCACUCCGCUCAUGGGAUGGUCUUCAACCAAUUCCUUCUCCCAAAAAACCAACGAGCUGAUGACUACGGUGGAUCUAUCGAAAACCGUAUUCGUCUGCUUGUCAACACCUACAAAGCAGUGAGAGAAGUGGUCCCAGCGAGCACCGGUUUUCUGGUUGGAGUGAAACUAAACUCUAGAGAUUUCCAAGAGUGUGGAAUACCUCGUGAGGAUAUUGUGCGGGUCUGUGAGCUUAUCGAGGACGCUGGCUUCGAUUUUGUGGAGCUCACUGGAGGAGCUAUGGAGACGGUGGUCAAGGAGGCUCAACAGAGAGAAAGCACCAUCGCAAGAGAGAAUUUCUUCCUGGAUUUCGUUCAAUUCACCAGCAAAAUCUUCCAGAAAACCGUUGUCUACAUUACGGGCCGUUGGCAAACCGCCAAUGCCAUGGUCGAGUCGGUCAAGAUGGGUCUGACUCAAGGAGUUGGACUAGGACGGUGGAGUUGUGCGGAGCCAGAUUUUCCAAAGAAAUUGCUCGCUGGAGAUAUUCACUCUUGCCCUGAUUACAAGUUCGCUCUCAGCGAGUUCGGAACGAUGAAAUUAGCUGCUCAUUGGCAAAUGAAACAGUUAGCACAGAAGAAUUAUGCGAUUGAUAGCAGGUGA